UAUGAAGGUGGUUCAUGCUAUCACAAUUAGAGAUUUCAGGUAUAUUAAUACAAAGAACAAUAUUCAGCAAUUAGUUACUUUCAUUCUCUUUUCUUUCCAUAAUACCUGCAUGAUUAAGAAACCUUUUCGGGGACAUUCGUCACUUUGGCGACAGCUCUUGUUUAUAACUUAUAUAUCAUGUCUUAGUUUCUGUUUUCAUUUCAGGUAUAGAAAGUUAUGUCGGCCACAUGGCAGGCAGAUAAAAAAAAGAGUUGCUAAACUGCUAUGCUUUCUUGCUGCGAUUGCUGCCUGUGCAUGUUCGUGUCCAUUACUUGUAUUCAUUGAAGUAAAGACACACUCAUUGGAAAAUAAAACAUUCACAGUGUGUGAUAUAGUUGAAGGGUACAAUAAGUAUGUCCUUUAUCAUCGUAUAAUUAUGGCACUGGUGGUGUUUGUGUCUAUAUGCGCUUUGGUAUCUAUGUAUGUAUGUAUUAUAAAAGCAGCAUCAAGAUUGCACACCAAAGAAAGCUUUGGUGAUGUUCACAAAAGUGGUGUAACAGGUUUGAAGCAUAUAAAACUAAAUGUUUUAAAUAGACAUAAAGAACUAUCAACUUCAUGUAUAAAGAUUAUUGAUUCGCCAGAAGUCGGGUAUAAUCAAGAUAACAUUGAGGGCAAGACAAUAGAUAACAGCGAGACUUUAGCCACCUGUUCAUCCAACCAAAUCAAAACAGAGACAACGAAUGACAAUCACCAGAAAAGGAAGAGAGUGAGACAAAUAACACUAGCUUUUAUAUUAGUGACAGUGUUCUUUUGCAUUAGCUAUAUUCCAUCUACAUCUGUGGACAUUUUUCUAAAACAAAGAAAACUGACCUACCCGACCUACUCGUAUCUCAGUGUAGAUAGUAUUAUUGCAAUACACAUUGCAUUGGCCUGUGUAUUUAUCAACAGCAUAGUAAACUGUUUCAUCUACAGCUGCUUUGACAGACAAUUCAGACAGGAAAUAGGGAGACUAUAUAAAAUGUUAUGUCGCAGACGAAAAUACCGACGAUCCAAUUAAUACAUAAAAACCUCAGAAAACCAUCUAGUUGGACUUUCUCCUGACCAGUACAAAUGAUAAAGAUUUAAUCAAUAUAGCUGCACGUAUGGAUUUAUGGAUUAGUAAUUUUUCGACCUCACUAUGCAAUUUAUUUUCAGUCUAGGUACCAAAUAUUCAGAGGUGAUAUAAAGGUACAUGUAUUAAAUAAUUUAAGAAAUUUUCUUGUUACUUUAGAAAAUGACCAAAUGAAAUGCUAAUUGUCUUGUCAGUCUGUCCGUCCCUAAUUUUACAAAAAAAAUAAACACGCACACGCCAACGCGCGCGCACCUACGCACACACACACACAAUCACACACACCGCUUUGAAUCUGUCAACAAACAGCAUGUUCCAGUGCUGCGAUUUGGAUGUUUCAAAAAUAAGUGAAUAGAAUAUGUAUGUCGUAUCAUGAAACUGAAUGGGCUGGGUAUAUGUUACUAUAUGGUAAUCUUUCUACACUAUGUAACAUUUCGUGUGAACAGUUGAAAGUCAAAAUAAGUUUUUAUUUUGCCAUAAUUCCUUUUAAUUUAAUAAUUUACUUUGCCUAAACAAUAAAUAACGCAAGGAUCCAAGGAAAAUUUCUGUAAAUAUCCCUUAGAAUUUACCUGUUAUGUUCAGAUUAUAAAAAGAGUUGGGCAGUCUUUUAUUCUUUAUGCACAUUAAAAUUUUACCCUAAACAUUGUCCAACAUCAACUGUUGUUCAAACACAAUUUAAACAAUCAAUCUUUUGGAAUAUGAAGACAAUGGAGCUGAACUUGACUAUAAAAAUAUAUGCAUAAUGUCACUUUUGCAAGAAAACACAUACAAGAGCCCGACAAAGCAAGAGAAAAAUGAUGAUUUAAAGAGAUCAAUUUUUAUAAAGCUUCGACCUUUUAUGUUCAAACCAGUUUUGUCUGUGACUCUAGCCGUUCCUGACCAAUUUGACUGACGAGACUGAUCGUCGUUGGGCCAUCAAAAGAUUCUGUAAGUUAAUCUAUGUGUGAGGUAACCAGGUAGUCAGAGGGUAGUUGUAUGACAGGUGUUUUGUGUACUGACAUUUUCAUGAUUUGUAAGAACGCCACAUUUUCUUAAACCUGGUAUCCUGCAUGCGUCCCAUGUGGAAUGUUUUAUUUUACUUUUCUCCAUUUGCAUUACUUUAUUUUGAAAAUGUAAUAUAUUAAAUUAAACAUUUAAAGCAUAA